AUGCGCGUCUCUGCCGCCACGGAGGGCGCGCAGACCGCCCUGGAUGUCUCCGGCGCGCCCAGCGGACCGGACUCCCCGGCCACGGGCAAGUCCCAGCGCGGCAUUUUGGAGCAGGCCAUGACCACCGAGGAGCGCGACGCGGCGCUGCGGAUCGCCAAGGAGUCCGCGGAGGCCUCCGCGGGCGCGGCGGGGCUCGGCGAGGCGGCGCCCGCCGCGGAGGGCGGCCCGGGCUCGAAGUUCUUCGCCACGCUCGGGUACGCCAUGCUGGCGCUGGGGGCGGGCGCGACGUACGCCGGGCUGGCGUACGACCGCAAGGAGGUGGAGGACGCGGCGCAGCGCCUCCGGGACGAGGGCUCGCCGCUCGCGCCGGCCGCGGCGCUGUACGCCGAGCAGCGCGCGCGCGUCGAGAAGACCCUGGAGGACUUCUCCAACCCCCCCUCGGACCGCCUGCUCCCGGACCUGGAGCUGGACUUCGGCCCGCACGCGCCGCACGUCCGCACGCUCGUCCUGGACCUCGACCACGUCCUCGUGCACAGCUCCUGGACCCGCGGCACCGGGUGGCGCACCUUCAAGCGCCCGGGCGCCGAGGAGCUCCUGCGCGGCGCGUGGCGCCUCGGCUACGAGGUCGUGCUGUACACCGACCAGAGCAACGUGUACGCCGACCCCAUCAUGGACCGCCUCGACCCCAACCGCGAGAUCGUGCGCUACCGCCUGUACCGCGAGUCCACGCUGUACACGGGGGGGCUCCUGCGCAGCGGGAACUACGUGCGGGACCUCUCGAAGCUCAACCGGGACCCGCGGCGCGUGAUGUACGUCACCGCCACGCCGGAGUCGAUCCUGCAGAAGGACUCGUCGCUGCUGGUGUCCAAGUGGGAGGGCGAGGCGGGCGACACCGCGCUGCUCGACUUCCUGCCCUUCCUCGAGAUGCUCGCGCAGGCGCAGCCGGCGGACCUGCGGGACGUGGUGCGGAGCUACGAGGGGAAGGACGUGGUGGCGACGUUCAAGGAGCGGAUGAAGAAGCUCAAGGAGCAGCGCGGGGGGGGCUCCGGCGGGGGUGCGUCGGCAGGCGCCGGGCGGCGACGUGGGUUCGGAGGGUUCAUGUGA